UCGAAGGACUGGAACUCCAGCUGCAGCUGCAUCACCACCCAUCCAUCGCUUUCUUCUCUUUGGGACAAUUUCCCUCGCGCCAUCUCCAAUUUCGAGGUCGAGCUUGCAAUGUCGCCUUGAGUGACCCAACGACCAAAUAAGCUCCAGUGACGCUUUUCCUCCCAACCUUGCAACGCGCCUUGUCGCGGGACACAUCUCUUCCGUCAUGCUAUCCAGGUUGGUCUUCGCGCAGGCCACGCGCCUUGGUAGCAGAGCGAUCUCGGCUGCGCCAUUGAACAGGACACUGCCUAUUGCUGCAGCCUCUUACACCCAGUCUUGGACCCGGUCCUUUGCUCAGAAGCAGACGCCUGCGCCGAAAUCUGAUUCGACGCCCAAGGAAUCACCCGAUACUCCCGCGCCCGAGAACGAAGCAGCAGCCGAGUCCGCCAAGGCGAAGGACGCCAAAGAAACCGACCAAAUACCCUUUGACAAGCUGCCUGACCUGACUCAGGGUAUUCCCUCGACACUCUUCGACGAGCUGGAGCAGGCCAAAGGCAAAGAUGUCAAAUCGGAUGCCGCACUCGAAACAGUGCCUCAGUACGAGCGACGCGGCGGCGGUGGUGGCGGCGAUUCAGAAUAUGUCUCGACGAGCGAGCGCAACCGUCGUUGGUGGACGCGCAUGCUCUUGAUUGGCGUGGGAUCAGGCUCACUGUUCGGUCUGGGAUAUCUUGGCCGCAACUGGGACGACGAGGCCGAGGCGGCACGCCAUCCCGAAAUUCCCAACGGACUCUCGCCGGUCCUGUGGUGGCAGCGACUGAGGGCCCGAAUGGGCGAGUCGGUCUCAUACUAUCAGAACCCGUCCUUUGACAAGCUACUGCCCGACCCUCAUCCCAGUUUCGAGCGCCCUUACACUCUGGUGAUCAGCCUGGAGGAUCUGCUCGUGCACAGCGAGUGGUCGCGCCAGCAUGGCUGGCGAUUGGCCAAGCGACCAGGCGCCGACUACUUCAUCCGCUACCUCGGUCAAUACUACGAGCUGGUCGUUUGGUCAUCAACGUCGUUCGGCAUGGCCGAGGGCAUUGUGCGCAAACUUGACCCCUUCCGUCUCAUCAUGUGGCCCCUCUUCCGCGAGGCUACCAAGUUUGAAGACGGCGAGAUUGUCAAGGACCUUUCCUACCUGAACCGUGACCCGUCCAAGGUCAUCGUCCUCGACACCAAGGCUAGCCACGUGCGCAAGCAGCCCGAGAACGCCAUCAUCCUGGACCCCUGGGCGGGUGAGAAGGACGACAAGGAGCUCGUUAGCCUUAUCCCCUUCCUCGAGUACAUCCACACCAUGCAGUACGACGACGUGCGCAAGGUGCUCAAGUCGUUCGAGGGCAAGCACAUCCCGACCGAGUUCGCCCGCCGUGAAGCGAUCGCGCGCAAGGAAUUCAACGCUCGUCUGGCCGCCGAGAAGGGCAAGCACAAGAAGCCCUCCGGCAUGGGCGCCUUGGGCAGCAUGCUCGGUCUCGGACCCAGCAACAUGAGCAUGACCAUGCAGCCCGAGGGCGAGCAGAACCCGACCGAGGCGUUUGCGCAGGGUAAGAUGCUGCAGGACAUUGCCCGUGAACGGGGCCAGCGCAACUACGAGCUGUUGGAGAAGGAGAUUCGCGAGAAUGGGCAGAAGUGGCUGGACGAGGAGAAGGCCAUGACCGAGAAGAUGCAGAAGGAAGCCAUGGACAACAUGUACGGCUCCCUCGGCGGCUUUUUCAUGCCUAAGAAGGAGGAGGAGAAGAAGGAGUGAGCGACAUUCGCGUUUCCGAAUCUCCACCGCAUCUCGGCCCCAACCAACAACACACACCUUCCACUAAUAUUAACCCAAAACAAACUGUACAACUGUUCCCUUCGCCGAUGGGGUCCGGCGCGUACGAGAACGCGAGUGUCCGCAUUUCUAUUUGUCCAUUGGGAGGGUUUUGCAUAUAGACUCGGCAUUUUUUUGAGGG